AUGACGACAAAGGGAAGUUGUGCUUGUGGGGAGGUUCAGUUUCAGUUUACCGGGGAGCCGGCUACCACGGCUUUGUGCCACUGCCGUGAUUGCCAAAAGUGGACCGGUGGUGCGUACACCUCGAACGCAGUUGUGCCAAGAGCCUCAUUCAGCGUAACAAAGGGAUCCCCCAAAACAUGGGAUGCGGUGGGCUCCUCUGGCAAAAUCAACAAGCACUUCUUCUGUGGCGACUGUGGUUCGGGCCUGUACACGGAGCUCGAGGUGAUGCCUGACAUGGCGUGCGUCAAGGCGGGCACCUUGGAUGGCGGUGCUGCUAGCCUGGGAGGCAAGGUUGACGUCGAGUUUUACGUCAAGGAUCGUGUUGGGUACCUGCAUGGCUGCGAGGGGGCCAAGCAGGUUCCUGAGUUUCUUUAA